UACCCAAGCGAAGGGCAUCGCGUAAUCGCUCGAUUCCGGGGAAACGGAGACGCGCGUCUACCUACGCGAGGCGCGCACGGCUAGCGCGAGCGCGCUCACUCGUGUCUGACGUAGAGAGGUUUCUUGGAAGAAAACAUCGCACAUGCAACUGAUUCACAUAAUACAUAUGAAAGGAAAAAACACCAAUAGAAUGGCUUUGCUGGUAUUUCCCGAACCUUUUGAGAAAAUGGGAUAGUGAUGGAGACGCAAUAGGAAAAGCGCGCUGGUGCUGAUGCUGAUCGCAGGCUGACACAAAAGAGCGUUCACGGCGUGUUUAAUUGCGGAUUAAAGCUUGCACAACAACGGGACGUUUCUUUAUUAAGGGGGAGCCAGACGCGCGACGUAAAUCGUUGACAGCAUCGCUCGGAUGGUGGUGCCGUGGACCCCGCGACUAUGUCACUACAGCGCUGGGUGAUUGUUCUGGUGGGGGUGAUGUCGUACUUUAACCCGGAGAGAGCGCUGGGAGCCCCGCAGAACGAAGUCUCUCUGUCCCGGAAUGGCUCUCUCUCUCCUCCUCCUUAUGUGAUCAUUCUCAUCUCUUGCUCUGGGCUGGUGUCUUUUGUUCUGUUGCUUCUCACCUGCCUUUGCUGCAAAAGAGGAGGAGUGGGAUUCAAUGAGUUGGAUAAUGUUGAAGGGGAGGAAUGUUCUGGGGCAUCCAGCCCUGUUCCUGAGGACAGUGUGUCUUCCUGUCCAUCAUUACCAGAGGUCUACACCCUCCCGCUGCGGGACAAGGCCUGGUCCACCCUACCUAACGGCACGGAUGGUUCUCAAUGUUUCCGAAGGCACACCCUUAACUACCUGCAGGAGAUCGGAAAUGGCUGGUUUGGGAAGGUAAUCCUGGCUGAGGUGCUUUGUGAUUGCACUUCCUAUCAGGCUGUGGUAAAGGAACUGAGGGUCACUGCCAGUCCUUUGGAACAGCGAAAGUUUUUGGCAGAGUCAGAACCAUACAGAAGCCUCCAGCAUCCAAACAUCCUCCAGUGUUUGGGUCAGUGCAGUGAAACCAUUCCUUUCCUUCUUGUUAUGGAGUUCUGUCAACUGGGUGACCUGAAGAGAUAUUUAAGAGCUCAGAGAAAGUCUGAUGGGAUGACACCUGACCUUUUAAAUAGAGACCUUUUAACCUUGCAACGAAUGGCAUAUGAGAUCACCUCGGGCCUCCUGCAUCUUCAUGAGAACGAUUACAUUCACAGUGAUUUGGCCCUGAGGAACUGCCUUCUCACCUCAGAUCUUACUGUCAGGAUCGGAGACUAUGGCCUAUCACACAAUCAAUAUAAGGAGGAUUACUAUCUAACUCCAGACAAACUGUGGAUCCCUCUUCGCUGGAUUGCCCCUGAACUUUUGGAGGAAUUUCGUGGGAAUUUAAUUGUAACGGAUCAGACCAAGACCAGCAAUGUGUGGUCUCUGGGUGUGGUGAUAUGGGAACUGUUUGAAUUUGGUGCCCAGCCCCACAGGCACCUGAGUGAUGAAGAGGUUCUCACCUUUGUCAUCAGGGAACGACAAAUCACUCUGGCUCAGCCUCGCCUCAAACUUGCUCAUGCAGACUACUGGUAUGAGGUCAUGCAGUCAUGCUGGUUACCUCCAUCCCAGCGGCCAACGGUCAACGAAGUUUUUCUCCUUCUCUCCUCACUCCUUGCUGAAGAACAAGGAAGUCGAAAGAGAACUAUAAUAGAUGAGGAUGAGGAGGAUUAUGAGGAAGACAAUCGACAAGGAAGAAGAGGAGAGAUUGAGGAAUCCUUUGAAAGACGAUGGGAUGCUCUUCGGCCCCCUGCUUUCCAGUCAGCUGCAAACAAACUACUGAGAGAGAGAGAUUAUGGAAGGGAGGAUGGCUGCCUCAGAGGGAAUGGAAACUCUUUUCCUCUUCUGGACCCUGUGGAAAAUAUGAUCACUCCAACCUCUGAGCUUGAUGACAUCCUUACAGUAACUGAGACUAGCAAAGGGUUGAACUUCGAAUACUUCUGGGAAAAGGCCCAUGGAAGGAGGGGUUACAAACCCCUUCCUCCACCUCAACCAAUACCAACACCCAAUUCUGCCCACAGGCAAACCUUGGACACACCCACUGUUGUCCCUGUAAUUAGUGCUCGCAGCCCAUCAUUGGCUAGUGAGUAUUACAUUCGCCUGGAAGAGCAUACUCCACAGGAUAGGUCACCUAGUCUUAGAGGAAAAGGGCGUUUGUUAAAAACAAAUUCAAUGUGCCCUGGAGAUUUGGAGCUGGUUGAGCUUCAGACGGGGACUACAGGAAAAGAUAAAUCAACUUUUGGUCAGCAAGAUAGCUUUGCAAGAGGCACCUCACAGACAGUAAGAUCCAGUGAGGUACAGAUUUUGGUUACAAACACUGGCUUGGUUGAGUUUAGCAGGGAGAGUUGUAACAGAGUGACGGAUUAUGCUGUAAUAGACAUUAGUGAGAACUCAGGAGAAGUGAAUGAAGAAGCAACCCAAAGGUCCUCUGGGUCUUUUGGUUCUCAAGGACCUGGCCUUCCACCCAAACCUCGUUCAAUGUCCACUUCCUCUGGAAGCCAUCUGCACUCACGUCCCCUUCCUGCUCCUCCAGUAGGAUACCCAAGAUCGUAUGGGUUAGAUGUCUACUCUGGAUCCUCGUACCCAGUGGGAAAAAUUGAAACCUCAGAUUCUUUACUGGUGAGCAGCUGUUCACUGUCAAAAGCCAACUUUGACCAUUUGGGCUUUAAUCGCACUCACCAGACAUUGCCUCCAUCUCCAUCUUUAUCUCCUUCAAUUCCACCUUCCUCUGGAGGUCACUCGAUGUUCCCUCCACCACAAACGUGCCCGCCACCUCUCCCUCCUCACUACAGACUCCAAAAGAGUCAGAAUUACUCAUCAAAAACAUACUCCAGAUAUAAUGCAAUGCACGUACAAAGAGACCCUGUAAGCUGUGACUACACUGAUGUAAGAAAUCCUGACCGAGGCAUUACACGUUCUCAGUCUUUAUACAGUUCAAGAAACGGCAAAGAUACAUACACUAAAGAUGAUGAGUUUAUUAGCCUUCAAUCUUCCUUUUCCCAAGUGACCCGUUCUCAAUCCACAAUUCCAAAAAUUGAAAGAACAUCGUCUUCUAGUCCAGAGUAUUUAAAUGAUAAUGAUAAUGAUGAUGGUGAUGAUUCACCUUUCAUGUCACCAGGCAAACCCACCAGCGGUACAACCAUUGAGCACACGAGCCUGGCCGAUGAGCCAGACCCUGCUACAGCUGCGCUUUUCUCAAGGGGCAUGAAGCGAACCCAGUCCCGCCUUGCCACCAUACUUCCCACCAUAUGGAGGGAAGAUGCAGCAAUGCAAAGAGAGCGAGUGGUAGCUGCCAGGAAAUCCCCUAUACACCUGUUCCUGACAGAGAUCUCCAAUGACUCAGCGGACCUGAAAGUAGGAGAAACCUCAUGGGAAAAAGAAAGUGGUGAAAGAAAAGACAAAAACAUUGGAUUCAAAGGAAUGCGGCGAUCCCAAUCUCUUGUCACUGAACUUGACUCAUCCACGCAAGCCUGGGGCUCAGACAAAGAUCUUCUGACUGGAUAUGAAGGGAGGGCCAAAAAGAGAGAUUUGUUCCUAACAGAGAUCGAGACAUCUGUGUCGGAUUGUGAGGAUUCAUAUGAUGGUGAAGGUGGGACCCCAGUUUCCAGAUUUGGAACCACACCUCAUCCUUUUGCACAUCCAACAGAUCUCCCAACAUAUGCAGAAGCUGAGGAGACUACCACACCUCAUCCUUUUGCACAUCCAACAGAACUGCCAACAUAUGCAGAAGCUGAGGAGGCUUUCUCAAAUGGAAUGAAGAAGUCUCAUUCCCUGCUAUCCAAAAUAUCUACUGAGAGUGUAGAAACUGAGCCUAAGAAAGGGGAAAUGACUAGAGAGGAAUUCCUAAAGGAAAUCCAAUCUGCUGAAACAUUUCUUACUGAAAUCAUUUCUAGACAACAACAAAAGGAGGAAAGCAUUUCACCUAUUCCAUUGUCUCCUGAGUAUGAAUCAAUAUGCAUUGACCCAGAGUCAUCUCAAACAAUUCAGUUUGAAUCAGAAAGAGUGCAAACAGGAAAAUCACAAAGUGACACUAAAGAAGCAAUUUAUGCUCAAGUAACCAAGCGAGCGAAAAGGUGUGAAAUAAAGGUUGCCACUCGUCCAGAAAUUCCAGUUCUUCAAAUAUCAUCUGAGUUACAAAAUCUUGAAUCAGGUCAGAAAUCAUCAGAGUCUGUAAAACCAAUCAGUCACUUUUCACAGCUGGAUUAUGGUCAUGACUUUGUUCCUUCAGAGAUAAUGUCUAGAAAUAAGCUUCUUUUGGAUCAGAUAUCUCCUGUUAUGAAAGAGGAACAGCAUAGUGAAACAAGAAACAAUUCUGAAGAGGGGUUGGUGUCUGAUGUCCAGCUCUGUGAUCUACAAUCUAAAAAGACUGCAGAGCUAAAUCGGCAAUCUCAGGAUCAGUGUUUGUCAUAUGAUUUGAAUAAUCAUGGUUUCUACAAAUGUGAACAAGGCAAAGAUAACAAAAAUCAAAUCACAGGUGAUGGCCAGAUCCAAAGUGUGGUUGAAACUGAUUUGAAGAGCACAAUGGCUCAGGCAAAAGAGCAAACAAAGAAAAAAGAUAACAGUGUUUUACCUGGUCUAGAGAUGAUGACAUCAAAUGCAACCUUUAAAGAAGAGUUUGCAAACAGCGAGGGACCAUCUGAACAUCCAAAUCAGAGCCCAAAUAAAUUAACCAUUCUAGAUCUUACUGAACACAGGAAUUUAGCCUGCAAUCCAACCUCUACAAAAGAGAUGAAAUAUAUUUUAGACAUAGCCCCUUCAGUUGUUCAAAACAACACGAGUCAGGACUUCCUCACUAUUAACAGGCAGAUCACACAAAUGGAAACAGCCUGUAAAACCCUUGAGGAAACCACUCCAACUGACAAGGAAGCCAAUUCAAGGACAUUGUGCCAGGAACAAGAUGUAGUCUUUAUGAAAGAGACAGUAAUAAGUGAUUCCUCACAAUCUUUGAAUGAAUAUUUUCCAGUCAGCUAUGUUUUCCAGUCAGCCAUGGUGCAUGAACCAAACUCAGAUCAGUCAUUUUCCACUUUGACCCCCACAGAUUCUGUUUUGUCACCUUUGACCUCUGGUUCCAUGGACUGCCUUACACCUAGUGACUCCUGUUUGGAUGGGGGAAGCAGUGGAUGGAGGGCUCUGGGAAGUGAAACACCACAUAGGGACUCAGCUUACUUCUCUGAUAGUGACCUGGAAAGUGGAGAAGGUUCAGGAAGAAGAGUAACCGAUGGGCUUGGUCCUUCCCGUCCAGGUGGUGUUCGUAUGGGAGAGCGAGGAAUAUUGAUGGGAAUUGAAGAAAAGAUGGAGGUCGAGGAUGAAGGACCAGUGGAAUAUGGCAUUGAUAAAGAGGUGAAAAUUAAACAGGACACGCAGGAAUUUUGGAUUUCGAAUGAAGCAAUUAUUGGCAGAUCUGAUAUUACAACAGAUAAUCUUAGAGUUCUGGAGAGUUCUAGUGUAGAGAAGGGUCUCAUACAUAGUGCUGCUAAAACAGUUUUCUCAGAAGGAUCUCUGAGUGAAGGCAAUGCUGAAUUUAUUGCCAGGUUGUUCUCCAAUGGAGAGGAUGAGUCAAAAAAAAUAUGUCCAUUUGCUGACAGCUCUCAAAAUUUUCAAACAUCCCCUCUUGUUGAAAAUGAGGUCAUGUCUAACACAUUUUCAAAAGAGGGAAUGUUUCAUGAUUCAGGUACAAUCAAUUCUGGACUUCUUUCUCCUAUAGUUGCAGAACCUCAACAUAACACAUCUGGUCCAAGUUGUCAGAAAAAACCUAUAGAACAUAGUCCCUUUUUGCAAAACGCUAGGUAUACAGAAACUGGUCAUACAUCACCUGAAUUACCUACUGCUGAGAUUGACAAGGAACAGUCAUCAGAUCAAAGUAAAUCCAGGUUAUCACGGUUUUAUAGCGUACAGUCUGAUUAUUCAAAACAUGACAGCAAUACUGAAAUAAACACAAAGCAUUGCAAUGAUGGCACAAACUGCAAUACAACCCAUUUCGUCUGGUCUGAGACAACUGAUAAACCCACAGAAGAAGAGAGAAAUAAAAGGGAUAUCCAAGACACAGAUGCAAAUGAACUAGGCUUAAGAAACCUCUCUUAUUUAGAGGAUAACGAGGAUGAGCUUACUAAAGAGAGGCCUGAAAGUCAGUUAACUGUAGGUGAACUCUGCUUCACAAUCAAGGAUACCCCAGAAAAUGCUGUGGAGGAUCAAGUCAGCUUUAUGGAACCCUCAAAAGAGAAUUGCUCUGAUGAGUUUGGUAGAGGUGCUUCAAUGGGACUUGAACUGAAAGAAAAGGAGUUGUGGAGUGCACUUGAUGAAGAUUACGACACAGAGGAGACUGUGAAUGGAGAGUUCAGUUGCAAUAGAAUUCAGCAGGGACAGUUACACAUUUGGCCUGUGGAAAAUGACCAGUGGGCUGGAGCAGAAUCUCGGAAACCUGAAGCAGGGCUUGGAUCAGAACUCUUCCCAAGUUUUGGUGAAAAGUCAUGGGCAAAUGAAGAAAACCUAGAGGUGAGCCAUGAAUUCUGGGAAUCUGAAGCCAAUGAUGAAUUAGCAGAUAGUGAGUCUCAUCCCUCUGUUCAGAGAAUAUGCGAAGAUACCUUUAAUGAUGAAAGGAUAGGACAGAAUAAUUAUCCACCACAUGAGAAACAAAAAAUUGUUGUUUCUGGUGGGGUAAAGGAAAAUCUUACUGAGCAAUCUGAGCAGACACAGAAAGAAAAGCUACACUUUCAACAGGAAGAAAACAUGGAAAAUCCAGACAUAGGAAAUGGAGAAACAGAGGAUUUUACUAGAAAGAUAAGGAUUGAAGUUGAAAAUGUGCAAAGCCCAGAGCUGGAGAAGCAUUCAGAACACAGAUCUGUUGAGAGUGUGAUUUAUGAAACACAGAAUACUGAGACAUUCUUACAAAAUGAUGUCAAAGAUGAAUUAUUUGUGGAACAGGAUGAUAAAGAAUUAGACAGACAAAUAGAUAGACUCUGCACAUCUUCACUUACAAAGUGUGCUCAAACUAAUGAGCUGAAACCUCUACAAUACCAAGAAGAAUCUUUUUAUAGUCACAGCAACAAUAUACCAAGGGACCAAAUCGAAACUACAUUUGAACCUAAGACUGAAACAAGAAGAGAUCCAGCAACAAACCUUGAUGAACACCAAUCCUGCACAGUAGACAUGUCAAACUUAACCACUGAAACAAACUUGGCUGAUAGUUCUCACCUCACAUCAAUGUAUCCAGAUAAUCUCAGUACUGAAAAUAGUAGACACAAUGUUGAAAGUAAUCACUGUCCUGCCAUUAACAGUAAAGCACAAGAUGAGGUAUUUUUUGAAAAAGAACGAUCAGAUUCUCCAUCCUGCCCAAGUCUCACCAUUAGCAGUGAUCCAGAGCCAUGUACCAUUCACAGUAGCAAUGUUCAGUGUUCAGCCCCUGUACUGAUUUCAAUGGAGUUAUCAGAAUGUGACAUUUCUCCACAUGCCGAAGUAGAGAAGUGCAAAAGCCCAAGUAGUUUUCCUAAUACAGUACACCACAUAGAAAUCAAGACCAGUACAAAUCUGUUGUAUGCCAAAGAAGAGACAUCUACUAAAGAACAUGAGGAGCUGUCAGACAGUUAUGAUGAUACUAAUGGUUUGGAUGAGUCUCUUGAAGAACUUACCAGCAGUACCACCACUCACAACAAAGGGAUCACUGCAAAUUUGGGCCAGAAAGUGCACAUGUCUCUCAUGGAAGAAAAUCACACUCACCUGGAAUCCAACAAUGUACGGGUGGACGACAGAAAUAGCCUGACCCAGAAAGUGGCCCAUCCACCUCUCUCGCAAUGCUCACUGAACUCCAUUCCUGAGUUGUUGAUCUCUGAGUGGAAGGAUUUGGAUGAGGAACCUCUGGAGGAUUUUGAAAAACUAGAGCAGCUGUGUUGUAUUUCUGGGGAUGAAGAUACCCUUGGGGAUCUGUUUUUAGGAAACUUAGAUCUGCUUGAAUCAUUGAAGAGAACCCCAGAGCAAAGAUCAAGUGGUGCUGGUGGCACAAAAAUCCAAGAUGACUCAGCAGUUACAGAGGGAAAGACAAAAGUGGAGCUAAAAGGGGAAGCUGAUGGGAUAUCAAGAAGUUCCACAACUGUCUUAAAAAACUCAGAGCAAUAUGAAAACAUUUCUCAAAAUUUCCCAGAAACUCAGCUGUCUCUGGAUAAGAGAACAGGCCAACAUAUGCCAACAGCUCUCUCACCAUGCCAUUCCACCGAUGGCUCCAAACGACAGAGGUCACUAUCGAAAAUGCAGACUAAAAAUGGACUGAUGAUGCAGGUUUGUGAGGAGAGGCUUCAGUAUUCUCUCAGUGAAAAUGUUAAAACCAACGUACUAUGGGGGUCUACAGUAAGUGACAGUGUAAUUAUACACCCUUGGGGAGCUUCCACCACCUCAUCUACUGAAGAAUGUGCUGUAAGCAGAGACACAGAGGACAAAGAGAGCAAAGAGGAGACCACUCCCUCCUCUCCUUCAGUGUCUGUGAGUGAACCCGCUGAAACACAAACAGAAGAACUGACUGUGCUUGAACAGCCCAAGGUUACUCCCUCCCUCCCAGCUGCAAAUCAAGCAAUGAAAGCUAAGCUGGCCCGUCUCUCUUUAUCCCUCCCGCCACUCGCUCUCUCUCUUCCACUCUCACCUAAUCCCAAAGGAGGAUUCUGGGAAGGAGGAGAGCACAGAGGGGGAAGAAGGAGGGGUGCAUCCACAGGAGUUGAUCCAGAAGAAGAAGAUGAAGAAGAGGAACAGGAAGACGAGUCUCCCAGGCGCGUCAUCGUUGUCACAGAAACGGAUGUGGACAAGAGAGUGGGUUUGCGUAGCUUGCUGAAAUCACCAAAAGAGCCAGUGGACAAAGACAACCGUGAUCGUGGGAGGAACGUGUCAUUUUUUGAUGAUGUCACAGUGUAUCUUUUCGAUCAGGAAACUCCAACCAAUGAACUAAGCUCUGGAUCUGCUGCUUCGUCGCCCCAUGGAAAGCCCCCCAACACUGAUGGUUUUGGAGCAGGCAGCCACAAGGCAGCAAAAAGUAAAGACCAUAUGGUAAAACCAAGAUCUCCAACUGGAGUUACAUCUAGCAUGUCAUCAAGGUUUACAGUCAGCCCUGCAGAUGACCCACAUUUAGUGUGACAUACCACUGCUACCCAAACACCUGGACAAAAUGUAUCCCAAAGGAGUGAAUGAGUGGCCCCUGUUGUCAUCGGUAACUAUGACGACUCCUGAAGGUUAUUUUUUUAACUAUGAAAUAAGGAAGGACUCCCGUUUCAGAAGGCUGGAGGCGGUCCAGGUUUUACAUACUGCAGCAACUGGAGGGGUGAACCCAUGCCACAUACAGAACAUACCUUCCAAACAGCCAAAAACAAUGGAGUUGUGUAAAAUCUGACGUGUACUUUUCGGCUAUGCAAUGGGAGUCUUAUUAUGUACCAGCUUAACUGUUCUAUUUUCAUGGCUUCUUAAAGUACAUUUGUAUUUUAUUCCCCUUAAAUGAAGGGGCGCACUUUCUCUGACCAGUAGCUGUCUAUUUGUGAGCUUAGAAUUAUUGACAUUGUAAAUUUGUUCUCAUUGCAGUCAGACAUUCUUGUAGUUUGUGGUUGAGGGGGAACUGAAAAUCUCUCAAAAUCAUGGCGGUGCAGUUGUCACUAUUUGUACAAACAAAAAAAAUCAAAAUUGCAACAAUACAACACAAACUCAUUUUAAAACCACUUAUUUCAAAUGUAUAUUAAGAGUGCACGAAAAAUACAACUGCAACUGUUAUGUUUUAUACUGUAUUUUUAUUGCAAAUGUUAUUUAUUUCUGUAUGUCUUAUUUGUUUACUUAUUUAUUUACCUUUUUAUAUUUUGUUUGUUUGUUAGCCAAAUUCACUUUAUAACUUAUUUUUUAUUAUUAUUAAUUUGGAUUUAUGGCGUCUGCCAAUGAAUCUUAUUAACAACUGCCUCAACAAACAUAUAUUUCUGCAUAGGUACAAUUAAAAACCUUAAAAUAUUUUCUCUUAUUUAGCUAUUUCUAGAUGUCAGUCUGUAUCUAAUUGUCCUAUAACGUGUCUCUACGCAGGUGUUCUUUUCUAAUGUGUUUGACAUUAGCAUUUUCUUUACUCAUUUUUGAAGCAGUCAUUGUUGCUUGGCAUGAAAAAAAGAAAGUAGCAUACAUGACUAUUAGUUGACUUACCUAUUGAUUCAUCAUCAUUUUCAAUCUUACCAUUCAUGCAAAUGUCUGAGGUAACGACGAUAAUCUGUUACGUAACGUUCAGCAUCUGUUUCAUUUGGAAGUUUCAUUAUUCUGCAAGAAGCCGAGGGAGUGAAAUAACAUGGAAACUGUGAAACAUUUAUUGAACUGUUUGAUGACAAUAAAUUGUUCUGUCUUAUAAUA